AUGACUAGAAGAAAGGAUUUAACAAGUGAAGAAAGGCAAGUUGUUGCACUCUUCCUUCUUCGCAACAGUGCAGAUGGCAAGCUGAACUACGACACUCAAAAGGCUGCCAUGACGAAGUGGGGUUGCUGUAGGAGUUCGAUCGCUCGUCUAUGUUUGGAAUUGCACAAAAGAGGAACAAUUCGAAGGCUAGCAACAGGUAUCAACUGCUCGAAGUCAACAGUGGGUAGAUGUAUAUCAAGAGGGUUGAUCAGAGCUCAUUCAAGUGCUAUCCAACCUGAUUUGACAGCCCCCAGCAAGCUAUUACGGCUUAAGUUCUCUCUUGAACAAAUUGAGUAUGAUAGAAUAUGCAUGGCCCUAAAGUUUAAGCCUAUGCACAAUGUAGUGCAUAUUGAUGAGAAGUGGUUCUAUAUCACCAAGACAAACCACAGAUUUUACUUAACACCACAAGAAACUGAACCACAUCGCACAUGCAAGAGUAAGAAGUUCAUCACUAAGGUUAUGUUUAUGUGUGCGAUGUGUAGACCAAUUUUCGACACAGAUGGGAGUGUGUUGUUUGAUGGCAAAAUAGGAAUCUUUCCUUUCACUGAGAUGGUGCCAGCCAAGAGAUCAAGCAAGAACAGGCAGGCUGGAACAUUAGAAGAGAAGACAAUUCAGUCCAUCACUAAAGAAGUGAUCAAGGACUGCAUCAUCAAUAAGAUUAUUCCAGCAAUAAAGGCAAAAUGGCCUGCAAAUGCAAGCAAAAUAAUCUUCAUACAACAAGAUAAUGCUAAGCCGCAUAUUAAAGACAGUGAUCCAGAUUUUAGGGCUGCUGCAACAGCCGAUGGCUUUGAUAUUAGGAUUGUCCAUCAACCUCCAAAUAGCCCUGACACCAACAUCAAUGACUUGGGUUGGUUUAGGGCUAUUCAAAGCUUGCAAGUGCAAUCAGGUUGCUUAACUGAGAUAAUGAAAGUGAGAGGGCAAAACAGUUACAAGCUCCCACAUAUGAAGAAGGGAGUGCUUGCAAGACAAGAUGCACUUCCAUUGACUUUGGAAGUGCCAAAACAGCUUGUGGAAGAGUGCAUUCAGUACUUGCUUGACAAAGGAGUACUUGAAGGUAUUCCCCAACUGAAAGAAGCUUUGGGAAUAGACACUUGUAGUAUUAGAUCAAUGGAGGUUGCCUUCAAUCAACUCAUGUUGAUUGAGACUGCCUGCAUUGGUUAG